GACCACGCUCACCCAAACUGGACAAAUUUGUAGUUAGGUUAAAUCUCACUCAAAAUUGUUCACUUAGAAAUUAUUUUGUUUUAAUGUCUUCUUAUAUUGCGAUUGAUACGACUAACCAAUCAGCAAUAAAAUUAUUAUUAUUAUGAACCAUUCAAUGACGCCGUCACCGGACAUGCACAACAUUUACGGUUUUCACCAUCAUCAUCAACAACAGCAACAGCACCAGCAACAAUCACCCGAUUUACUUAGAAGUGGCGGCCACGUUGUAACCACUAAAGCUGAUUCUUCAUCAUCGUCACCGUCACUCUGUUAUAAUAAGACUUCAACUUUCACACAGGAUUUUAUGUUAUCCAACAACUCGUGUCAAACGCAGCAGCAGCAGGAUGACGACAGCUGCAGUGAUGGCGAAGAUUCCAGUCAACCCAGCUGCACUUACCGAUCUGUCAACCACAGUUUCGUAGGGACUUCGAUAAGACAAGGUGCCGACUUGUCGUCGCCCGGUUCAAUGGGCCGUCACAAUAUGGUGGCGGUGGCGGCGGCAGCGGUGGCGGACGGUUACUAUUCUGGAAGCACCGCUAACCACGGUAAUGGUAGUGCGGGCCAUCAUCAUCACCACCAUCACCACGGUCACCAUCAUCACCAUCACCAUAACAGCAACGGAAAUGGUCAUAACCAUCAUAACCAUCACCAUCACAACGCCCCGACGGGAAUGGCGGCAGCGACGAUUGUGGACGCACAAGGCGCGGGCGGCAUCGGCGGUGGCGGAGGCAGUGGAGGUGGCGGGUACAGGGUGCAGAGGCAAGCGGCCAACAUACGGGAACGUAGACGAAUGUUGAGGUCAGACCUGGCGCCGACUCGGGCAGCGGAUAGGCCCACACCGGUCAAAAUCAGCAUCAACUCGGCGUUCGACGAGCUCCGCGGUCAUGUGCCCACGUUCCCGUACGAAAAGCGGCUCAGCAAGAUCGACACUCUCCGCCUGGCAAUCGCGUAUAUUGCGCUGUUGCGCGAAGUGUUGUCGGCCGACUGCGACCCACUCACUUAUGUCCAACGAUGUCUAAGCGGCGAACGGACACCUGAACGCGCUGAAUGGAACACCAGCGAUCUAACAGCUAGACUUUCGUGGAUCAACUGGGAGAAUUUGGGCGUGAAUCCCAAUAGGCGAGGUGUCUUGACGUCUUACUCGAUUCCUGACAACGUAAACAACUAAAAUUAACUUGAAUACUGGCGGACACUUUGAUCGUCGUUUAAAAUUAUCACUGUGUAUAUUACAUACAAAUAUGUAUAUUAUUUUUGUUUUAGGGAUUUUAUUCACUGUUAAUAUUUUAUUAUAUCGAUUAAUACAUUUUUAGUUAUAAUAUAAGGGAAUGUGCAAUAGGUACUUUCUUAAAAGAUAAAAAAAAGGAGACUGCAUAUUGUAGACGUUUUGAUCCUUAUUAAUUACUUACUUACUUAUAUGUUAUAAUAAUAAUGGUAUUUACUAUUUUAAGGGGAUUCGUUAUCAACCGUUUAAAAGGAGUACAAUAUAGGCAAUAUUUAAGUGCGUUCAUGCAUGUUGAAAAAUUACUAGAACUUGCAGCAAACGCACGCACAUAAUAUUACCAACUGAUCAACUUGUGGUCAAAAGAUAUAUUUUUCAUUAAAAAAUCGUAGUAAUAUUUUUAAUCUACCAUUUUUUUGUGAAUCGUAUCAAUAAAACUAAAUAUUAUACUAUUAUGUUAAGAAAUCUGAAAACAUAUUCAUUAUAGUAUUUAAUUUAAUCUUAUUAAAAUUGUUCAUCCCCGUUUUUAUUUUCAUGAUUCCAUAAUUCCGUAUAAUUAUAAUAAUUAAAAAUUAUUCAAUUUUUACAUUUUAAAAUCAAAUUUAAAGAGACAAUAAAAUUUAGUUAAAACGUAUAGAAGUGGAAUAAUAGAACUAAAAUAAACUUUUAUAGUUUUAUUGAUAGGAAUGUGGACCAAAAACAAAAUAUAGAUAUAUAUAUUUGUCAAAAAAAAGUAGGUAUGGAUGAAUCCCUUUAAGUGCUAAUAGUAUACUUUAUGAAAAUAAAAUUAAUAACUAUUUAUUGGUCAUUAUAAAUUAUAAGCUAAAAUUAAUUUUAAUACCUAACUAAAAUAUUAUCACCACUCAUAGUGUUAUAAAAUACAAUAUAUUUAUUUUACAACAUACCUAAUUUAUAAUUUGUACAUUUAAAACAUUGUUGUUACCUACUUAAUAACCUGGCUUAAUAGUUCCUGACUGCCAAAGAUAAAGUUAUUUAUUUUACAAUAAUAUGUGUUUUUUUUUUUUUUUGUUGCUUUGUGAAUCACUUUUUGAAGCAUUAAUAACGCUCCAAAAAAUCUAUAAUAUUAUAUUUGUUUCCUCAAUUGGUUACAAAUAUUAAACAAGGUUAAAAUAUUGCAUAAUAUAUUGACAUUUUUAGCAAAAGAGUGAAACUGUUUGAUCUGGAAUGACAUAGUAGAUAAAUAUGAAAUAUGACUAUAAGACAGUAACAAGUACAAAUAUAAUUGAUUCAUAUUCAUGACUGGUAUUUAUUAUUUGGUUUGAAUAAUUCAAAACAUAUACGAUAUACCUAUUACACUGAAUAUGUGGUUACCAUUUGAGGUACUUAUAUAUUAUUUAAAAUAAAUUUAAAAAAAAUUGUAUAAGAUCAAAUCAAAUGAAAAUAGACAAUAUUCAAAGAUUACACAUUAUAAAUGUAUUCAAAUAAUGAAACAUCACCGAAACCUGUUUAUAAGUAUCAUGUUUAAUCAAUUAUACUUAGAC